GUCAUUUCUCUGUGAAAGAGAGAGAGAGAGAGAGAGAGAGAGGGAGAGGGAGAUUAAAGGAAUUCUUACAGCUCCACAUCAAGCACAUGGGAGGCAGCUCUGAACGUCGCAAGGAAUUUGAACAUGCAAGCUGAACACUGAACGAAACAGGGACGAUGCUAACCGUACCAUUUGAAGACCCAGACAUGAUGCGCGAGUCUCAGUUUGGUGCGACAUUCACGCGUCAAGAAGACGCCCGGACACUCAAUAGCGCCGAGCUCAAGGAGGCAGAGGACGACAACACGGACAGGGAAGAGGAGGAGAGAGAGGACGACGAGAACGGGCUCCCGAAGAAGAAAGGCGCGCGUAAAAAGAAAUUCUCUGAGGGACGCGGCGAACGAGUCAAAAUGCGCCGCCAAGAAGCGAACGCGCGCGAGCGCAGCCGCAUGCACGGCCUCAAUGACGCGCUCGAGAGCCUGCGCAAAGUCGUGCCGUGCUACUCGAAAACGCAAAAACUCUCCAAGAUCGAGACUUUGAGGCUGGCUAAGAAUUACAUAUGGGCUCUGUCUGAGACUCUGAGCGCGGGAAAGAGGCCCGACCUGCUCGCGUUCGUGCAGACCCUGUGCAAGGGCUUGUCGCAGCCCACCACCAACUUGGUCGCGGGUUGCUUGCAGCUGAACGCCAGAAAUUUCCUCACAGAUCACAACGGGGACGUGUCGUUCUCGGGGAGGCCUCAUCAGUACGAUUCUCUGUAUCCGUAUCCGAACGCUGAGAUGGCCACGCCCACCGGCCUCAGCUCUGGGACCCGGGACAGCGUCAAGCCGUUCCGACCGUACAACUAUUACGCGUCCUACGAGUCCUACUACGACAGCGCCUCUCCGGAGAGCAGCAGCCCUCGUUUUGACGGCCAAAUGAGUCCCCCGAAUAAUUACAACGGGAUUUUCUCGCUUAAAAAACACGAGGACCAAGUCGAGUACAGUAAGAACUGCCAUUAUGGGAUGAGAUACUGUAACGUUCCCGGCCGGGGCUCCAUGUACCGCGUUUCCCCAGACAGCCAUUUUCCUUAUGACUUACAUCCCCGCGGCCAAUCGUUCCAGAGCCAGGACGAAUUAAAUACGGGUUUCCAUAAUUAAAAGCGAACAUAGGGGUUGGACGCCAGAUACACUAAUCUGUUAAUUAAUUAGUGCUUGUUGCUGAUUGUUUUGCUUUGUUUUUGGCACGUUUGAUUUCAUCAUACGAUGUUUGAAAAAUACUGUAAAAUCAAUUCUAUUUAUUUCAGACUGCAUAGUUUGCUCAUGAAUUGACGCAGGCUGUGGUAGGCCUAUUACAAUCAAUUAAUAAAAAUAAAACAAUUCUCGUCUCCUCUACUGUGGAAAUGGAUUUAUUUGCGUGUUACAUGAAACACAAAAUCAUGAUAGCAAUAAUGGAACUAUGCAACACAGUAUAAGACGUAUUAUCGUGCAGACAUGUAAAUAACCUUAUUGUGUGAAUUUUAUUAUUUAUAGACAUCUGUGUCUUUGAACUAUACUCACUCCUUUUGACUGAUUCCGCUAAAUGUCAACAAGAAAACUAUUGUGAUUUUGCAAUGCAGUAAUGUUUUUCCUAUUUAUUUUGUUUAUUCAGAGGGAAACAUCGGGUCUUGUGAAUGAUGUGAAGUUGAGGGGCUCAUUUCGAUCGGCUUGUCGAAAAAUAAAUCUUGAAUGUGA